AUGGCGAAGCAAUAUGAUGUUCUUUUCAGAAUACUGCUACUGGGAGAUUCUGGGGUUGGGAAAACCUGUUUGUUGUGCAGGUUCACGGAAAAUGAAUUCCAACCGACACAUAUUUCAACAAUCGGAGUGGAUUUCAGAAUGAAAACACUGGAAAUUAAUGGGAUAAAAGUACGAAUACAGAUAUGGGAUACAGCUGGUCAAGAGAGAUACCAGACUAUUGCCAAACAAUACUACAGACGAGCCCAGGGUAUUGUCUUUGUGUACGACAUCACCAAUGUACAGUCAUUUCAGCACAUUGCGAAGUGGGCCAGUGACGUGGAUGAGUAUGCUCCUGACCAAGUGCAGAAGAUUCUAGUUGGGAAUAAGUGUGAUGAGGAGCAGAGGAGGCGAGUGCCGACUGAGGAAGGGAAAAAGCUUGCAAAGGCCUACGGGAUGGAUUUUUUUGAGACAAGUGCCUGUACCAGCUACAACAUCCAGGAGUCGUUUACGCAGCUGACAAAACUGGUGCUUGAAGCCAACAAGGCCGAACUGGAAGGCUUGGAACCAUCCAUCCACAAUGACCUCGAUAUUACUGAGCUGAAGGAGGAAGAGGAGGAGAAAACGUUAAAUGAUGAAGAAAAACCUCAGAGUGGCUGUGCCUGUUAA